GGCCAGGCUGAGGACUCACUCGCUGCCCACGGCUGAGCUGGGACAGGAAAAUGAGAGGUCUCCGCUGGCGUUACACUCGGCUGCCAAGCCAGGUGGAGGAUGCCCUUUCUGGGGAGGAGGGUGAGGAAGAGGAAGAGGAGGCAGCCCCAGCCCCAGCCUCUGCUCCUGAAGAUCCCAUGGAGCUGCAGCUGAUGGAAGCCAGCCAGGUUCUGGGUGCCUCGGAGAUUAGGCAGCUCAGCCUCCACCUCCCCCUGAGAGUCACUGGACAUCCCUGGAGUCUGGUCUUCUGCACGUUGAGGGACGGUUUCAGUCUGCGGAGCCUGUAUCGGCAGAUGGAGGGCCACAGUGGACCGGUGCUGCUGGUGCUGAGGGACCAGGAUGGGCAGAUGUUUGGAGCCUUCUCUUCCUCGGCUAUACGACUCAGCAAAGGAUUCUAUGGUACUGGCGAGACAUUCCUCUUCUCAUUCUCCCCACAGCUGAAGGUCUUUAAGUGGACAGGAAGCAACUCUUUCUUUGUGAAAGGAGACUUGGAUUCACUGAUGAUGGGCAGUGGCAGUGGCCAGUUUGGGCUGUGGUUGGAUGGAGACUUGUAUCAUGGAAGAAGCCACCCCUGUGAGACCUUCAACAAUGAGGUGCUGGCCCGGCAGGAGCAGUUCUGCAUCAAGGAGCUGGAGGCCUGGGUUCUGAGCUGACACCCUUGUGGUGGGCAGCCUCCUGUGGCAACAGGUACUCAGACCUGCUCAUGGAUGCCGUCCAGGCCUUCCUCACUCAGGGCAGCCCAUUCUGUCUUAAAGACACGGAUGGUGAAGUGCCCUAGUGUUGACUGUGGCUGUUGGCCAGCCUCCUUGUCACUUGGAGACCCAAGACAGGGAUGGGGGCAGGCACUGCUCUAUUGUAAUGGUGA